AGCCUCCUCUCCCCUCCCUUUGUCGACGACUGCACUCACCUGCUCGUCAUGUCCAUUGAUUUUCCUCGUGAAGAGGAGGCCAUCCUCAAGAGGUGGAGGGAAAUCAACGCUUUCCGGAGACAGGUCGAACUCUCCGAGGGCCGCGAGCCUUACACCUUCUACGAUGGCCCUCCAUUUGCGACUGGUCUUCCUCACUACGGUCACUUGCUAGCCUCGACCAUCAAGGAUAUCAUCCCCCGUUAUUGGUCUAUGAAGGGUCACUAUGUCGAGCGUCGGUUUGGCUGGGAUACCCACGGUGUUCCCAUCGAAUAUGAGAUUGAUAAGAAGCUGGGAAUGUCGGGUCUGGAGGCCGUUCAGAAGAUUGGAAUCGAGAAAUACAACGAGGAGUGCCGAGCCAUUGUCAUGAGAUUCGCCUCGGAAUGGCGGGAGACUAUCGAGCGACUAGGUCGCUGGAUUGACUUCGACAAUGACUACAAGACCAUGAAUGCUAGCUUCAUGGAGUCUAUCUGGUGGGUGUUCAAGCAGCUGUUCGACAAGGGUCUUGUCUACCGCGGCUACCGUGUUAUGCCUUACUCGACUGCCCUCAACACCCCCCUCAGUAACUUUGAGGCCCAGCAGAACUACAAGGAUGUUCAGGAUCCCGCCGUUGUGGUCACAUUCCCCCUCGUGGACGACCCCGAGACUGCCCUCCUUGCCUGGACGACCACGCCGUGGACUCUUCCUUCCAACAUCGCUCUCGCAGUCAACCCCAACUUCGAAUACAUCAAGAUCCUUGACGAAGCCUCCGGAAAGCACUACGUUCUCCUCGAAUCCCUGCUCCGUACCCUGUACAAGGACCCCAAGAAGGCGAAAUUCAAGAUUGUCGACCGUUUCAAGGGUGAGCACAUGAAGGACUGGAAGUACCAGCCUCUCUUCGACUACUUCUACGAAGAAUUCAAGGAAUUCGGCUUCCGUGUCUUGACCGCCGAGUAUGUCACCGCCGAGGAUGGUACUGGUAUCGUUCACCAAGCUCCCGCUUUUGGUGAAGACGAUUACAAGGUUUCCGUGGAACAUGGUGUCAUCAAUGAAGAUCGCAGCCCUCCCAACCCUGUCGAUGAAACUGGUUGCUACACCGCCGAGGUUAAGGAUUUCGAAGGGCAGCACGUGAAGGCCGCUGAUAGGGCUAUCAUCAAGCACCUGAAAGCAGCUGGUCGCUUGAUCGUUGACAGCCAGAUCACUCACAGCUACCCCUUCUGCUGGCGCUCCGAUACUCCCUUGAUCUACAGAGCCGUGCCUGCAUGGUUUGUCAAGAUCGGUCCUAUCAUCCCACAGAUGCUUCAAGGUAUCGAGGAAUCCCACUGGGUGCCUAGUUUCGUGAAGGAACGCCGAUUCUCUAGCUGGAUUCAGAAUGCCCGUGACUGGAACAUCUCCCGCAAUCGCUUCUGGGGUACUCCCCUUCCGCUGUGGGUCAGCGAGGACUUCAAGGAAGUCGUUGCGGUUGGUAGCGUCGAAGAGUUGAAGCAGCUUAGCGGCUACGAGGGAGAGCUCACCGACCUUCACCGCGAUAAGGUUGACCACAUCACUAUUCCAAGCAAGCAGGGCAAGGGUGUCCUUCGCCGUGUGAGCGAAGUGUUUGACUGCUGGUUCGAGUCAGGUAGCAUGCCCUACGCUUCUCAACACUAUCCCUUUGAGAACAAGGACCAAUUCGAGAAGAGCUUCCCUGGUGACUUCAUUGCGGAAGGUCUGGACCAAACCCGUGGUUGGUUCUACACUCUCACGGUGCUGGGAACUCACCUCUUCGGUAAGCUUCCCUUCAAGAACUGUGUCGUCAAUGGUAUUGUUCUUGCGGAAGAUGGAAAGAAGAUGUCGAAGCGUCUGAAGAACUACCCUGAUCCGGCCCUGGUCAUGGACAAAUAUGGUUCGGACGCCCUGAGAUUGUAUUUGAUCAACUCUCCCGUCGUGCGAGCGGAGCCCCUCCGGUUCAAGGAAUCCGGUGUCAAGGAGAUUGUCGCCAAGGUUCUGCUUCCCUUGUGGAACAGUUAUAAGUUCUUCGAGGGACAAGCUGCUCUCUUCAAGAAGACCCAGGGCUUCGACUACGUAUUCGACCCCAAGGCGGAAGCUACCAACACCAAUGUCAUGGAUCGCUGGAUCCUGGCCAGCUGUCAGAGUCUUCUCAAGUUUGUGAACGAAGAGAUGGCAGGAUACCGUUUGUACACUGUGGUCCCUCGUCUGCUUGGCUUGAUUGAUAACACCACCAACUGGUACAUCCGCUUCAACCGCAGACGUUUGAAGGGUGAGAACGGUGUUGACGACACCCAGCACGCCCUGAACACCCUCUUCGAGGUCUUGUACACUCUGGUCAGGGGGUUGGCUCCUUUCACCCCCUUCCUCACCGACACUAUCUACUUGAAGCUCCUGCCCCACAUUCCCGAGGCUCUUCGGGCUGAGGAUAGCCGUAGUGUCCACUUCCUCCCCUUCCCUGAGGUGCGCGAGGAGCUUUUCGACGAGGUCGUCGAGAGAAGAGUCGGCCGGAUGCAGAAGGUCAUCGAAAUGGCCCGUACCUCCCGUGAACGACGCAACAUCGGUCUGAAGACUCCUUUGAAAACGCUUGUCGUCAUUCACCAGGACGAGCAGUACUUGGAAGAUGUCAGGUCUCUACAGAGCUACAUUCUGGAAGAACUGAACGUUCUUGAGCUUGUUCUUUCUUCUGAUGAGGCCAAAUAUAAUGUUCAGUACAGUGUUUCGGCUGACUGGCCCACCCUCGGCAAGAAGUUGAAGAAGGAUGUCCAGAAGGUUAAGAAGGCCUUGCCCUCGCUGACCAGUGAAGACGUCAAGAAGUUCGUCGCUGAAAAGAAGAUGCUCGUAGAUGGCAUUGAGCUUAUCGAGGGCGAUCUUGUUGUGAAGAAGGGUCUAAAGGAGGAUUCUUCGUCGGUUAACAUGGAAUCGAAUACCGAUAAUGAGCUCGUGACCAUCCUUGAUGCGAACUUGUACCCCGACCUGGCCGAGCAAGGAUUGGGCCGUGAGAUCAUCAACCGCCUGCAGCGUCUCCGCAAGAAGGCCGGUCUGGUGCCCACCGACGAUGUGAAAAUGGAGUACGUGGUUCUGUCCGACCCUGAAGACAUUGGUAUCAACAAGGCGUUUGAGACGCAGGCCAAGGCUAUCGAAAAGGUUGUGCGCAGACCGCUUGAGCGCCACGAGCUUAUUGACGGCAAGCUGCCAAGUGGCGAUGAGCCUCAGAUGAUCAUUCAGGAAGAACAAGAAGUCCAGAAGGCCACCUUCUUGUUGCGGUUGCUGAAACUGUAG